UUGUGAAACUAAUAAGAACGUAUAUACCUGCGAGCCCUAAAUCACAAAUCUGAUCAGAAUCAGAACCACCCCCAAAAAUCUUGAGCUUCCUCAACGAUUGGCGCCUCCGGCGACGACAGGAACAGGAACAGGAUUUGUGGGCUGAUUCAGCUGCUGGUUUGUUGGUGACAGAAUUCUGUUCACAGGCAGAGACUAGAUUGUUUCUUUUCCUUUUCUUUUUUCUCAGUGCCCGUGUAUCUUUCGCAAGAAUGUCUGUGACGGCAGGUGUUAGUGAUACUAUUAUCGCCAUCAGGGAUAAGCUUAGGGGUAAAAUUGGGCAAACAAAAGUAAAAAGGUAUUGGCCUGGUAAAGCUCCUGAAUGGGCGGAUGAUGCCGAUGAAGAUGGUGAUAUUAGGAUGGCUAGGGCAGUUGCCCUAGAGAAAGCCUUCCCCAUUCAAGAAGAUUCUGACAUUGUGAGACGUGAUGAUCCUAGGCUUCGUCGUUUGGCUGAGAGUAGGAUAGAUAAUCGUGAAGAAAUAAGAGCGGAUCAUAGGCGAAUUCGACAAGCUGAGAUUGUUUCGACGAUAGAAGAGGAAAACAGAAGGCAAGAAGGAUUAGAUUUAGAGGAAGAAGAUGAAGAUGCUAUGGAGGAAAAGAGGCGGAGACUGAGGGAGAAGUUGCUUCAGAGGCAACAGGAAGAAGCUGCACUUCUUCCCGAAGAAGAAGAAGAGGAGGAAGUAGAGGAUGAAGAGGAAGAGGAGUCAGAAUAUGAGACGGAUUCUGAGGAUGAACUAACAGGUCCCGCGUUGGUGAAGCCCGUCUUUGUUCCAAAGUCUGAAAGGGACACCAUAGCGGAACGUGAGAGGGUUGAGGCUGAAGAAAGAGCCCUCGAGGAAUUAUUGAAGAAGCGAUUGCAGGAGAGAAAGGUGGAGACGAAGCAAAUAGUGGUUGAAGAGAUUCGGAAGGACCAAGAAAUUCAGAAGAAUUUGGAACUUGAGGCUGAUACUGGAGAUGUGGAUACAGACGAUGAACUAAAUGAGGCCGAGGAAUAUGAAGCUUGGAAGGCUAGAGAGAUUGCAAGGAUAAAGAGAGAUAGGGAGGAUAGAGAUGCAAUGUUGAAGGAGAAGGAAGAGAUUGAGAGGGUGAGAAACAUGACUGAGGAAGAGAGGAGGGAAUGGGAGAGGAAGAAUCCCAAACCCGCUGCCCAACCCAAGCAGAAGUGGAGGUUCAUGCAGAAAUACUACCACAAAGGUGCUUUCUUUCAAUCGGAUGCCGAUGAUCAUGCUGCAACUGUCGGAUCGGAAGCGAUAUUCAGACGUGAUUUCUCUGCUCCAACUGGAGAAGACAAGAUGGACAAGACCAUAUUGCCAAAGGUCAUGCAGGUCAAGCACUUUGGUCGUAGUGGGAGGACAAAAUGGACCCACCUUGUCAAUGAGGACACAACUGACUGGAACAACCCAUGGACAUACAAUGAUCCUCUUCGGGCAAAGUACAAUGCAAAAAUGGCAGGAAUGAAUGCUCCUAUUGCAAAACCCAAAGGCAGCAAGAAGCUCAAGGAUUGGGAGUCUGCCAAGUAGCCGUAGAAAUCUGUAUCUUUACUUCACUUCGGUUUGUAGUUCGAUUUCUCAUCUGUUGGCUUUUAAUUUGUUAAAGCCUAAUUUGCGAAGUAGUAGUAUUAUUCGGUCAAGGGAAUGCAGAACUUGUUUUGUACUAAACAUCUAUAGGAUAGCUCUUGCACAGAUCCUGUCUGGCAUCUUUUCAAUCUUCUCUCCGGCCGUCUUAUACAAGUUUGAGGACUAGUGAAACCUGCAGAGUUCUUCCUGCAUCUCCUGGAUUAGUUAUGGUUCCAUCAUUUCAAGCUGAGUUGUAGAUUACUGUUGGCACGUUUGGAAGAUGAAUAUGAAAUCGGUAUGUGGUAUUUGCUCAAAGACUUGGAUUUUAAGAAGGUGGAUAUGAUUCAAUAUGCCACUCUUGUGAUUUUGGAUGGAAA